GACUAAAAAUCCACAGCUGUUGAAAACGUUGCCUUUUCUAUGAAACAUUGCAGGUGAUGAAAGACUGAAAUCGAAUGAGUUCUGUCAUCAGUUUAGCGAAAUGCUACAGGCUCAAAACAACGCUUCCGGGACAGUACGGAUCGUGCUUCCGGUACGGAUCGGGCAGCCACAGGCUCCUCUCCGGAACAGGUCAGGAGCUAUUAUCAGUUGACUGGAGACAUAAUGAUCCUGAGAUAUUAAACAGUAAUCAGGAAACAUCAUGUCAUCUCAGCUCAGCAGGAUAUUUUCUCCUCUGAGAGCUGGAAAUGGAAACCAGCUAAACAGGACCAGGUCCCUCUUCUUUGACUCUGCCAACAGCAGAGCUGGACUUGUCCUCCAGUCUCAGUCCACUGAUGUAUACCAGAACCUGGCUCUGGAGGACUGGAUUGAUGCCCAUGUGGAUCUUCAGCAGCGCAGCAUCUUGUUGUUGUGGAGGAACAGGCCGGUUGUUGUCAUUGGACGCCACCAGAAUCCCUGGACUGAAUGCAACUUGUCGGCCAUGAGAAGGUUGGGGAUCCCUUUGGCCCGCAGACGGAGUGGAGGCGGGACGGUCUACCACGACCUUGGAAACCUCAACAUGACCUUCUUUGCCUCCAAAAAAGGAUAUGACCGUCAGAGAAAUCUGAAGGUGGUCACUGAGGCCUUGAGGCGACUCCGUCCAGAACUGGCUGUCCAGUCUACAGAGAGAUUUGAUAUUUUACUGAAUGGACACUACAAAAUCUCAGGCACAGCGUCCAGACUCAGCAGGAAGUCGUCCUACCACCACUGCACUCUGCUUCACUCCGCUGAUCGCUCUGCCCUCUCCUCUUUGCUUCGCCCCUCUUGCCCUCAUAUUCAGAGUAAUGCCACACCCAGCAUUCCCUCACCUGUCACCAACCUGACAGACCACGCUCCUUCUUUGGAGUGGGAGGAGCUUCUAGACGCACUGGUGCAGCAGUACAACAGAGAGUUUGGCCUCUCCUGUAUGUCCACGAUGGUUGACCCGACGAAUGAGUCCUCGUUUCCGGGUGUAAGCAACAUGGCGGCAGAGCUGCGCAGCUGGGAGUGGACAUUUGGUAAGACGCCUAAAUUUAGCAUUGAGACACAGCUGGAGCUGAUGGAUGAGCAGCUGGAUGCACGCUGCUCUGCUUCUCUGCACAUGGAGGUGAAGAGCGGACGGGUGGAGAGCUGCCGGUUGGACAUAACAGAAGACUGGCUUCCUCUAAAGCUGAGCAAGCAGCUGACCGACAUUCUGAUUGGAGAACGCUUCUGUCCACAUAGAGUAGCUGCAUCUGCUGCUGAGCUGCUGAGACCUGAGAGUGGGCGUCUGUACAGACGACUGCACAACCUGUGUGAGGCUGUUGUGGCUGUGAUGGACUAAAACAAGUCCCAGAUCUGAGGACUGUGUGCACCCUGCAGGCUGCUGAGGUCAUUACAGGAACACCAGGAAUCUGAAACAAGAUUACCUGCUGGUGGGAUUUUAUGCUUCUUCAUACUGAAGUAAGAUGGAUUGUUGACAACAAACAUUAUAAUAUAAUCCAUCACACUAAACUGGUUAUCAGUACAUGUAGGUGCACUUCUGAUUCAUUAUUUUUGAUGGGAUGGAUGUGAAUGUAUGAAUAAAAUUAAGAUAUAUGUACUUGUGCUUUUUUUUCCAGCACAUCAGGGCCCUGUUUCAGAAACCCUGGGUUAAUGCAGAUACUCUGAAUCAACUUACCCCGCUCUGUGAUACUCGGGAUUUUUGGUUUCAGAACAGCUGAUAUCAACUGGGUAACUUAAUUCUGAGUCAAGUUACCUCUGAGUUGAGUUAGAGCACAAAGCCCUAAUCAAUGAAGUCAGAUAACAUGAUUCAGCAUGGCAACAGGAGAAAACAAGAAAACCAGAAGUUUAUUUCUCGGCGCUGGAACUAAAAAUAUUAAUGAUUGCAUAUCGAAAAUAUCAACAUAUACAAAAAUAAAAAAGUAAUACUGCUGCUACUGCAAGAGAAAGAGAGUUAAUGUGGCAGAUAAUUGCUGAUCAAGUCAAUGAUCAUGAUUUUACAUGAAUCUAAACUUUUAUUCUUUAUUCAAGCGGAUGAAAGUUUUACUUUGUUUUUCAUUACCUGUUUUUAUUUUUCUGUGGUUUUAAUUCCUAUUUUAAUUGUGAUUGAGUUUGUUUUCGUAUGAGCAGUGUUGGAAUGCUGGUUCUGUACAGCACUUUGGUCUACUGUCGUGCAAAAAGUGCUUUACAAAUAAAGUUGGAUUGGAUAAA